CACCGCCCCCUCCCUGCCCGAGCGCCCGCUCGCGCGACUCCCACAAUGCACCGCACAAUGGCCCGACCGCCGCCACUACCGGGGCCUGAGCGGGCCUGGCGGAGCCCGAGCGCGGCCCGGCCCGCAGCGCGGGGCCCCGAGCGUGGUGAAGAGAUUGUUUUCUGAAGGCUGUGUCGGAGGCUGUGACAGAGCAGAGAACCCACGCGGAGCUAAUGGGGAGGCUUCCUGAGUGACAUGGCCCUGCGCCGUUAGCCUUGCCAUGACCACAUUUUUCACCAGCGUCCCCCCCUGGAUUCAAGAUGCAAAGCAGGAGGAAGAAGUGGGCUGGAAAUUAGUUCCCAGGCCUCGGGGCCGGGAGGUGGAGAGUCAAGUGAAGUGCCAAUGUGAAAUCUCGGGGACAUCUUUUUCAAACGGGGAGAAGCUGAGACCUCACAGCCUCCCCCAUCCAGAGCAGAGACCAUAUAGCUGCCCUCAGCUGCACUGUGGCAAGGCUUUUGCCUCCAAGUACAAGCUGUAUAGGCACAUGGCCACCCACUCAGCUCAGAAACCCCACCAGUGCAUGUACUGUGAUAAAAUGUUCCACCGCAAGGACCAUCUGCGAAACCAUUUGCAGACCCACGACCCCAACAAAGAGGCCCUGCACUGCUCCGAGUGUGGGAAGAAUUACAACACGAAGCUAGGCUACCGGCGCCACCUGGCCAUGCACGCGGCCAGCAGCGGCGACCUCAGCUGCAAGGUGUGUCUGCAGGCCUUCGAGAGCACCCAGGCCCUGCUCGAGCACCUGAAGGCCCACUCGCGCCGGGUCGCGGGGGGCGUCAAGGAGAAGAAACACCCCUGCGACCACUGUGACCGGCGCUUCUACACGCGGAAGGACGUGCGGCGGCACCUGGUGGUGCACACGGGCCGGAAGGACUUCCUGUGCCAGUACUGUGCCCAGCGGUUCGGCCGCAAGGACCACCUGACCCGCCACGUGAAGAAGAGCCACUCGCAGGAGCUGCUCAAGAUCAAGACGGAGCCCGUGGACAUGCUCGGCCUCCUCAGCUGCGGCUCUACCGUCAGCGUGAAGGAGGAGCUGAGCCCUGUGCUGUGUAUGGCCUCGCGGGACGUGAUGGGCACCAAGGCCUUCCCCAGCAUGCUGCCCGUGGGCAUGUACGGUGCCCACAUCCCUCCCAUGCCCAGUGCGGGCGUGCCACACUCCCUGGUGCACAACCCGCUGCCCAUGGGCAUGAGCUACCCGCUGGAGUCCUCGCCCCUCUCUUCCCCCGCUCAGCUUCCUCCCAAAUACCAGCUCGGAUCUACCUCAUACUUGCCCGACAAGUUGCCCAAAGUGGAGGUGGAUAGUUUCCUGGCGGAGCUUCCCGGAAGCCUGUCUCUCCCGUCCGCCGAGCCCCAGCCCGCCUCCCCUCCGCCGGCGGCCGCGGCAGCUCUCCUCGACGAAGCACUGCUCACCAAGAGCCCCGCCAACCUGCCCGAGGCCCUCUGCGCUGCUAACAUGGACUUCUCCCACCUGCUGGGCUUUCUCCCCCUCAACCUGCCCCCGUGCAACCCCCCCGGGGCCGCGGGGGGCCUGGUUAUGGGCUACUCCCAGGCGGAGGCGCAGCCCCUGCUCAGCACGCUGCAAGGCCAGCCUCAGGAUUCCCCGGGCGCCGGGGCCCCGCUGGGCUUCGGGCCCCUGCACUCCUUGCCGCCUGUCUUCACAUCUGGCCUGAGUACCACCACUCUGCCUCGUUUCCACCAGGCAUUCCAGUAGUGCCCCCGGAGCCUCUCUCAUCAGGGAACUUCAGCACCCACCCCAUCCGCAUCCCCCACGAAGGCAGCUGAACAUUCAGAGCUGGGUUCCCAGAGAAAAAGCCCAGCAUCUGUUUGGAGCACUUGGUUUGCGGUUCAGGCUCCAGGAUCAAUUUCAGGAGGAGCCCUGAGCCCCGACCCCAUGAAGAGAUCUCGUACCAUAGGACUUCAGGUAUUUUUACUUUCCUUUUUUGUUUUGUCUGAAAUGGGAGUCACUCUUGGCCCCCUCCCUCUCUAAAGCGUCAGAACCCCUUCUCCCCGGAGGAGCCAGAGGCCUCUUGGAGACACAGAGGGAUUCACGGGAUGACCUCGCAAGAACUAGCCCGAGAAGCCUGCCCUGGCCCCCGCUGCACACGCCUCACGCUGCAGCGGGCCGCUGCGCCAUUGCCUGCUCGCAGUCAGUGGACAGGAGAGGGGGUCUCUCCUCCCCCAGCACCCGCCCUCUCUGCCAGCACCUCCAUUUUCAGUGUUGUCCAGCAACGGUACCGUUUACACAGUCGCCUCAGACACACCAUUUCACCUCCCUUGCCGAGCUGUUAGCCUUAGAAUGAUUGCAGUGAACAUUGUUGAAACACUGUGAAUCCAUUCCCACCAGUCCAUUCCAGUUGGCACCAGCCAGAACCACUUGGUACCUGGUGUUAACUGGAGCCCUGUUUACAAGGCGGAGUCGGGUCUCGCUGACUUCUCUUCACUUGAGGUCACAUUUUUCCCCCGUGGGGAAAUAAACUGACUUUGGACUGCUUCACGCUCUGCCAUCUUCCGUGACUCUGUGCUGGCCUCCCCGCAGUGGUGGCCGGAGCCUGGCGAGAACGCUGGAGCCGUCUCCUCACAGGUCUGCAGUUCUGUUGCUCUCCACGUCCGUCACGACCCUCUCCUCCCUUUGAACCAGAGAGGGGAAGAGAUGCAAGACACCCCCACGCCAUGACCCCCUGCUCCCCGGCCCCCCCCUCGAACAUCAUGAGCCUGUGUCAGUAGUCCCAGAAGGAGGGACUCGGGUUCUGGGACGGUGGAGAGCAGAGGGGGGUGGAGGGGGGGCGAACACCUCGUUUGUCUCUUUCUCAACUGUUCCUUUUCCAGGAAGUCGUGGGAUUGUUGGAAGAAGGAUUUUUCUGAAAGUUAGGACUGGGCCUAACCUAUGGGUACAUCAUCACCUCCCCCCGCACCUUUGUUUCUUACCUAUACAGUCCCUCCUCACCCCUGCACAUGAGCUGGUCCCCAUAGACUCAGGGCCGCUGUGCUUCUCUGUUCCCACUGAAGAAAUGACACCUUCCUCUUGGCGCGCAGGACCCCUCCUCCCCUUCGGUUUUGUCAUCAGUACCCACCGAGAUUUCCGCCAGUGGUCGGUUCUUCCCUUUGACUCGUGGGGCCUCCGCCACACGGCAGCACGGCCCUUGCCCAGCCGAACUCCCAUUCCUGCUUCAUCUCAGUUCUGCAUGGGCUUCACUUGUCCCACUCAUGGGAAGGAGGCAGCUCAGGGACCCCCAUGGCGGGACCCUCGAGACACCUCCACUCUGAUUCAGAAACACACUUCUACCUCUCUACUGUUAACGCCUAUAGAUGUAGCCAGCGGCCGCAGGCCCUUCUUGCAGCCUCCUGCUGGCUUCUCACUAGGGUUUCAGGACAAACUACCAAGGAACUGCCUCAAUCUCCUCCCGUCCUCCUCCCCCUCUCUUGUCUAGGAAUCACUUUGGGGUAUCAUCAGGAACUAAUCAGGUCUGAGACCCGGGCUUCGGCCAAGGCCGAGGCCAGCACUCUUUGAGGUGAAAGCCUUAAGACACAGCUCCCUAGCCUUGACCAGAAGCCUCGUGGAGCGAAUCGGCACGUUUCGAUUUAGGCAGGGUAGCGUGGGCUACCUUUAGAACAGAACGGAAUCAGAUGUACAGAUGUCUGGAAAGGUUAUGAUCAGACUAGGUGAUUUACUUCUAAAAAUUGGUUUCAGUGAGUCCCAGGGACUAAUUAAGGUUUGUUUUUAGAAGCGUCCACCUCGGUACGCGGCCACCUCCUGCAUGCUGUGCAUGUGACCGGGACUCGUAUCAUGGGGGAUGGUGAGUGCGGUGCCGUGCAGAGCCCGUCGCCGCCAUUCUCCUUGUCGUUUCUCUCUGCUGGCCCCCCGGCAGCCCCUCCCCUGCCUCCACCCCGGUACCGAGGCCAGGGGGGCUCCGGCCACAAACGAUAAGGACUUCUGAGGAGUCCCCUCGGCCCGCUCUUUCCUGUUCUUGACGUCUUUCCCCCGUGAGCGGUGCUGGGAGACUCAGACACAGGAUAGACAGAGCCGCCUUCCAGCGGGCGCUGUCCUCACCAGCACCGUUCAUUCCCCGUGGCCUCCCCCUCCUUGCUCUGCCUCCUCUUUCUCGAGCCCUCACCACCCACAAGGAAUUUCCCUGUCACUGUGAACCUUGCUGAUACAGAACCACAUCUGUCUUCUUCUUCUUCUUCUUCUUCUUUUUGUUUUUGGGGACCACAGCUACCCAGAUCUUUCUUAAACUUCCCUUCCCAAAAUUUAAGAAAAAAGAAAAAAAAAAAAGCUUAUUGACCUGACUUUUCAAAGGAGAAGAAUAGCUUUGUCCUCCGUGCAGUACCAAAUCCACCUGCUGCCCUUGGCGAGGCCGCAGACCUACAGGGCUUCCACACCCCCCCCCCCCCACAGGAGCCAAGGCGCGUGGGCAGAGACCAGACAGGAACCAGGAGAAAGGGGGUGUCGCCUCUCUUCCCCGCACCCCUCCAGCCCCUGUGGGCAGUGAGCCGCCCUGCCCAGAGCUGGCCCCUCCACCCGCAAGGCCGGCGAGAGGGAGGGAGAGGCGCCCCUGAGUCCCCCCCUUUUACAAAUGGCAUUGUGUUAGGAAAAACCGGGACGCAGGUGUGAUUACUUUUUCGCUCGUAGAUAUUACCCUAAGUUGAAAUUCCCCCCGCCCCGAGCUUCCCUGCGUAGCCCCUGAAGCCCGCGCCCCCACCCCUUUUGGUAGGUAGUGUUUCUCCACCCCUCCCCCCUCCCCCUCUUAUCUAGGAGCUGUUUUUAAGCACGAUUUUUUUUAACAGUUUAUAUUGUACAGGAUCAAUAUUUUGCUUUUUAACAAGGAUAUUUAUGUAAUAAGAAAAUUUGCCUUAGGCGGGUGUUGGCCAGAGCAGCCCCGGUCUCUCGGGGCCCCGGCCUGGCCUCUCCUGGAGCUCGGAACCUGCUGUGGAAGAAGUUGGCUGCGGCCGGCCCCGCUGGAGAGUGGAGGCAUGCGAGGGACAGAGUGUGUAGGGGUCUGGCAGGAGGAGGCGCCCCCCCCACCCAUAAUCCAGUGCCUCCGCGGGGGGGCUGGGGAGCAGCCCGGGGGUCCUUCCCUUCGGAUGCAAAGUUGCCCUCCCACAAGACCGCCUCCGCCUGCCCCGGCCCGUCCAGUGCACUAGGCCUCCCGAAGCACCGCCCCCCGCCCCACUCAGACCCCCACAGCGGUCGCGGCUUUGGAGCCAUUCUUUCGAAACGCCAGAUUAUUUAAAGAGAAAAAAAAAAUACAAGACAAAACCUUCUAGCACUUUGUAAACACAGUGAAUAACCUCUUGGAGUAUUUUUUGGCUUUAUAUAAAACAAGGUUUUUAAUUGUAAAGUAUAAGUGCCAUUAGAAAAUGCACAGGGCAUAUCUUUGUUAAAGUAGAUUUUUCAAUGUUUUACAGAAUUACAUUUUCAAAAGUUUUUAUAAUGAAGUUGUUUA